AUGGCAACCAAGAAGGCAGCAGAAGCAAAUGAAGAAGCGAGCUUCAAAGAAAUGGAACGGAACAGCCAAAAACUUGUGUUAGCCCUCUACGACGCGUUGAAGGCUAAAGAUGUUGGCACGGUUCAAACGUUUCUAGCACCGGACAUCGAGUGGUGGUUCCACGGUCCACCUUCCCACCAGCAGCACUUGAUGGGCUUACUGACCGGCAAGGACUCCUCAUUCGUCUUCAAACCACUCUCCAUUGCGGCCUUUGGAUCACUAGUGCUAGUCGAGGGUUUUGACCAGAAAAACUCUUCGGUUUCUUGGGUGCAUGCAUGGACCGUUUCCCAGGGCAGAAUGAUCACCCAAGUAAGGGAGUACUUCAACACACAUGUUACGGUCACCCUCUUGGGAAGUAGCACUACUAAAUCUUCUAAUGAGUCGGAACAGCCACAGGGGGCAUCGUCUCAGGCCAAUCCCCUCAAGUACUGCCAAUCUAUUUGGCAGAGUAAGCUGGUUGACAACUCAGUCGUGCCUGGUCUUGUUUUGGCUCUCUAG